AUGGAGAGAUCAAAAUACGUAUUGGUCACGGGUGCAACGGGCUUUAUUGGAGCCCAUAUCGUCGAUGAACGCCUCCGACGAGGUUUCCGAGUCCGAGGCUCAACUCGGACCUUGGCCAAGGGGGAGGAAAUGAUCAAGACACGGGCGCAAUAUGCCGAUAAACUAGAUUUCAUCGAAGUUGGGGGCUUCGAGAACACCAACGUGUUUGACGGGAAGAUGGAGGGUAUCGAUGGCAUCAUCCACGUUGCCAAUCCCUUCACGUACGAUGUCAAGGAUAACGAGAGAGAGCUCAUUCAACCAGCAAAGAACGGCGUGCAUGCGAUCAUGUCUGCGGCAGAGGCUCAACCAAACAUCAAGCGAAUCGUCAUUACAUCAUCUUUCGCUGCUGUGCUCAACGCCGACGCAAGGCACCUCCUUACUUCGAUUACACGAGUGAUGAUUGGAACCCUCAUUGCGUACAGAGCAGCAAAGAAGUACGCAGAAUUAGUCGCCUGGGACUGGAUACGGGCUAUCGACGAAGGCAAAUCUCGCCACUUCGAUCUUGUGACACUGUGCCCCCCGAUGACAUUCGGACCGGUCGUGCAUCCAGUCAGCGGGGUUUCGAAGCUGAACGAGUCAAAUGCGAUGCUUUGGAAAAUUGCAAAGGGUGAAACCCCCCUUCCGGUGGCUAGAGUCCCAUUCUGGAUUGAUGUUCGAGACCUUGCUGUGGCGCUUGUUGAGGCGCUCUUACGGCCUGAGGCAGGCGGAAAGCGAUACCUCUUGGGAGCCAACGAUCGUUUCUCGUACGGUUUGGCUGCGAAGAUUAUGGCUGACAACUUUGACUGGGCGAGGGACACUGUUGCCCAGGAGGAGCAGGUGAUUGACACGUCACACGGUCUGGAGAACAAAACUGCGGCAAAGGAGCUUGGUCUGAACUACCGGACGUUUGAUCAAACAGUCGUCGAUCUCGUGACCCAAGCCAGAAAGAUGGAUAUUGAAGAGACGAAGUCAUAA